CCAUCCAUCUGGCCACAUCCCAAAGGCGUCCGUGGCGCUGUACAGCCGUCAAUGCGGACGCUGCGGGCUAAUUCUUCGUCCAGCCUCCUCUCUCCCCCCUCAGCUCCAGAGUAGCAAGGAGCAACGCGUGCGUACACGCAUACAUAGGUAGAUCCGAUCCCCUUCUACUGCCCUAUAUUGCGUCUGCUCUGCGCCACAGUGUCUAUUCUCUGGCCAGCACCCAGCUAGCUCCAGCCAGCUGCUGUCAUCGCAGCAGAAGAUAACUAGGUAGCACUGUAGCAGCAAGUGUGAAAGGAAGAAGCAGGUGGCGAAUCGAGGGAGGAAGGAAGCAAGAAAUACCAGGGGAAGGAAGCGUAGAGCCUGUGCUUCUACUGGUAGUGUAGUGGUAGCUAUGGAUCAGUUCACUGCGAGCGGUAGGUUUUCUAAAGAGGAGGCGGACGAGGAGCAGGAGGACGCGUCCAAUUCCAGGCGCGAGAUCCCCUGCAUGACGGCGGCGGCUUGCGCGUCCGCGUCCACGAGCGCAUCUGUGCCUCCCUCGGGAAGUAGUAGCGUCCCCUUCCGCUCCGCGUCAGGGGACGGUGCUGGAGCGUCACGGAGCGGCGGCGGAGACGUGGAGGCGGCGGAGAAGGAGCACAUGUUCGACAAGGUGGUGACGCCGAGCGACGUGGGGAAGCUGAACCGGCUGGUGAUCCCGAAGCAGUACGCUGAGAAGUACUUCCCGCUGGACGCGGCGGCCAACGAGAAGGGCCUCCUGCUCGGCUUCGAGGACCACGCCGGCAAGCCAUGGCGCUUCCGCUACUCCUACUGGAACAGCAGUCAGAGCUACGUCAUGACCAAGGGCUGGAGCCGCUUCGUCAAGGAGAAGCGCCUCGAAGCCGGGGACACUGUUUCUUUCUCCCGCGGCGCCGCCGAGGACGCGCGCCACCGUCUCUUCAUCGACUGGAAGCGCCGGACCGACACCCGCGGCCCGCUCCGCUUUCCCAGCCUCGCGCUCCCGAUGCCGCUGGCAUCGCACUACAACUACAGCCCGUGGGGCUUCGGCACCGGCAGUGGCGGCGGUGGAUUCUUCAUGCCGGCCUCGCCGCCCGCCACGCUCUACGAGCAUCGCCUGCGCCAGGGCCUCGAUUUCCGCAGCAUGAGCUACCCCGCGCCCGCGGUGGGGAGGCAGCUCCUCUUUUUCGGCUCGGCCAGGAUGCCUCCGCACGCGCCGCUCCUGCCGCGCGCGGCAUCGCCGCUGCACUACACAGUGCAACCGAGAGGUGCUGGUGUAACCACCGCCUCACCGAUGGUUCUUGACUCGGUGCCAGUCAUCGAGAGCCCGACGACGGCCGCGAAGCGCGUGCGGUUGUUCGGCGUCAACCUCGACAACUCGGAUUCAGGCGGCGGCGGCGAGCCGAGCAAUCUGCAGUGCAAUGUAUUGUCGUUGCAGAUGCCCGGGUGGCAGCAAAGGACUCCUACACUACAGCUGCUAGAAUUGCCUCAACUUGGUGCGGAGUCCUCCGCCGCAUCGUCUCCGUCAUCGUCCUCUUCCUCCAAGAGGGAGGCUCCUUCAGCUUUGGAUCUCAAUCUGUGACCUAAAGGGUAAAUCAAAGGAAAGUUCAACAAUUCUUUCUUCUGUUUGUUUUGAUUUUUUUCUCAUCACCUCACCUUGUAUUUUGAUGAAUCCAUUAUAACUUUUCAUGAUAGGAGCUAGGAUUUGACAUUUUCCUUGUUAUUGGCUCUUGAACUUUUGAGUUGGAUUGAGAAGAUACAGAUAAACACUAGGAAAAUCAAUGUUUUCCCAAAUCCAUGUGCCAUGCAUGUUCUUUAGCACUCAUGCUCUGAAUUUGCUUGUGCUGUUGCAUUCCGUUCAUGCGUAGUUCAGUGCUUGCCACGAAUUGAUAGGGAAUUUCCUAUCGACUUUACAUCAAGAUCAAGCAAUCACGAACAACACGAACACACAAUAGAACAAUGGAUUUUUUUUUUCUCUAGCACACGCUGCUUCACAAACACGACUCUUUUCCCCACGGCUUCAUUAUAUAGAACCGAAAACUAGACUCUAAAUCUUACUCUGGUCCAAUCAUAUUUCUGCUCAGAUUUUUAAUCCUUCCCCAACUCUAUACGUAUUAAACUUCUGUUAAGACACCAUUUCCACUUGGCCAAAAUCAAUCACGCCAAAAAAUAAGAUUAACUCUAACAUGGUUCCCUACAUAUGAUAACAUAUGUCUGCAAAUCUGCCUAUGAUCUCCUAACAUCUGUCAAGAUUUGAAGACAUCGAUUCGCGGAAUUACACAGCACCGAUCGAAGAAGCAGCAUCCAUCUUUGCUGUGACCUUAAAUCUCCCAUAACAAAUUAACUCGAAACUCCGGAAAGCACGGAUGGACACAUUGAUCGCGCAUUCAGAACAGACAAGCCUGAAGCAACAAUUGCAGGGGGUGAAAUAGCUGGAAUGAUCGAAUAAGACCUGGACAUUGCAAGUUUGUAUAUAGAGCAACAUUUGUGAAAUACUAUUCUAAAAUGAAUGGCAUCUUGGUGUGUCUGCCUAGCCUAAUUGGAGGUUCUGAGAUAAUGUAUGGAACAAGCCAGCUAGUAAUGACGUUAUCUUGAGCCAAACAUCCAGAUUAAACCAUUUGAUUAAGAAAAGUGAAAGGACAACACGUGAGUUUAUUUUUGUCCGUAUCUACCAGCUACCGUCUUGAGCUUAGACACAGUAGAAGUACUGUAGAAGGAGGCACAAAGCCUCCACUGUGGAAAAGUUGACC